AUUUCAAACAUGGCGUAUCUGCAAGAUGAAAACAGACCAAGAUACCUCACAAUGGUUGUGACCGGAUAGAGCAGUCAGGCGGUCAGUAUGAGUCAGAUUGACUAUGGCCAGACGGCAGAGGACCACCAGGCAUUCCUCAUACUCGUCCGUCACACUGGUCAGCAUCUGUGUAACAGGUCAUUCAACCGUGCAUGGGAACGCAUACGCAAACUCAACUGCAUUGCCAUACCAGGGCAGAAACGCGUUGCAUGGGUCAGGUAUAAACGGACCUACUCUAAAGAAAACAAUGAGUGGGGAGACUUCCAAGCUCAUCGGAAGGUUCUCGGACUUGUCUCCAUAGGCCAGUGCACCAACUCGGAUCAAUUUGAGGAACUUUUUGAUAACUACCGAAAAGUCAAGGAAGAGUAUGCGUCGACAUUAUUUAACUCACGUUUGUUUGUGUUUGGUAUGAACACAGAUGGGUCUCCCUUAAGUGACGAAGAAAAGGAAAACUGCAAUCUUGAAACCGGAGAGAAAUCUUCAUCAGGUUCAUCUCGCAGUGGAAAGUCGUCUCCUGUUCAUAGCGAAGAUAGCGGAGUAACCCCCGAUCUUAGUCCGACUGAAGCGGGGAAUGAUUGUGAUUUAACGAAAACCGAUGCAGAAACAGACUCUAAUGUAAAUAAACCAACAAGUGCAAUUUCUUCGCGAGUAGAACAAAAAUCUGCUCAACAACAAAAACAAAGUGAUUUAAAACCUGAAUCCGAGAGUAAUGUGGAGCAAAAUGACAAUGAAAAUGUGUCAAAGUCAGGUGCGUCAAAUGAACCACCCACAUCACAACCUCAUAGUAAUAGUACUAAGACAGAGUCAAAUUCAAGUGCAUCAAGUGAACCUGCCACAUCACGCCCACACAGUAAUAGUCUGACGAAGGAGAGUGCGGGUGCAGAAGUCCUGUUCUCGCCAGGUCUCCAGGCUUGCAUUGAUCUGGAGGAGAAAGUGAAAGACUUUGUGACCUCAAUCUUUUUUGUGCUUGAAGGGAAGCGACUCGACCGAUCUUUCGAACGUGCAGAUAAGAUGCAACUACUCUGUGCGCCGUUUGAAAAGAAGGAUUAUGUGGGUCUUGACACAGACACAAAGUCCUAUCGCAAGAAGUGCCAGGGACGUUUAAGAAAGCAUUUAGGCGAUCUUUGUUUGCAGGCCGGUAUUCCAGGGGAGGCAAUCCUACAUUACCAGACUGCCAUCGACAUCCUCCGGCCGGUCAAUGAUUGGCUGUGGAUAGGAGCUUGUUUUGAAGGCAUCUGCUCAGCAUCUGUGAUAGUCCGAUUUCCUAAAAGCCAAACUCCAACGUUGCGACGUAACUUUUCCCUUCAGGCCACACGAGGAACGUCCAUGGCCAAUGACACCAAACUGAGAACAGGAAGCAUAAAGACCAGCUACAGUAACGGUUACCAGGAUCAGGAGGAGUCCCCCAAGUCUGCCCUCGGACCAGACGACAUCGUGGAGAAAUAUCGGGAAGCUCUUGUACAUUACAGCAAGUUUAAGGGGUCUGGUAUGAUUGAGAUGGAGGCUUGUUUGAAGGCAUGUCGAGUCCUUGUGGUACAACGGAAAUAUCUCCAGGCCUCCGAUUUCCUACAGAAUGUUGUGUACAUAAACUUACAGACUUCAGACGAAGAUAAGAUAAACCGUUACUGCACCUUGUCCCAGCUGUAUGCACAGAUCGGGUUUCGACGGAAGGCCGCGUUCUUUAAACGGAUUGCUGCAAUGCAAUGUGUGUCCCCACAGAAUCCUCAGCCUAAUUGGAAGCUGUGUCACAGUCUAGUGAUGCAGUGUCUGGAUGGCUACAACAUCUGUCUCGACCCUAAGGACGUGCCUACAGACUGUGUGUACGGCUGGCCUGUUCUGCAGUCUCGAGUGUUGAACGAGCUCAUCUUCUCUGCCCGUCGUACUGGUAACAUUCCUGUAGCCAUCAGGCAUCUGGGAAUGUUACUACACACUCUGUUUGAUAUUCUGACGACUGAAGAUAAACGGGACCUUAUAAACACUCUCCAGACUCUGACAGCGAAGUCGGAGGGCACGACGGCCCCGCUGGCCCUCGACAGUGGGGUCAUACUGCCCCCCAUACCUCUCAGCAAUAUACCACAAGUUACGUCUUUCAAAUUAAUUCCACUUCCGCCACACCUACAGCCAAUCAAGGUGGCAUCCAAGGUAGUCAAACAGGACACGGGACCAUUUAUAUUUACUCCGCUGUCCCUCGGUCAGCAGGAAGUCCAGAGCAAGACACAUGUAGACUUCUCCUGGGUGGAGUGUGAUAUGUGUGAAGUACAACUUCAGGUGUGUAAUCCACUGCCAGACGAGCUCAGCAUACAACAGAUGUCUUUGAUGACAGAUGGUGUUGAAAUUGAGGCGUACCCUACAAGUCCAACGAUACCAGCCGAGUCGGGUCCAAGUCUAGUCAAAAUACUCAGUCGCCCCCGAUCUUCAGGGGAUCUCUGUAUCCUUGGUUACACGACUCACUUACUUGGGAUGCGGAGUCAGUGUCGCCUGCGUGACCUCCCUGAACUUCGCGAUCUGCGGACAACGGUAACAGUAAUUCCAGCCCUCCCUCAGAUCACGCUCACUGCUUCACUUCCAAAGGUCGCGACCUUUACCACUGUAGGCGACGGAGCUAACGUCGUAACCAGUGGAACAACCUCAAUCUACGCAGGUCAAAGUAAAGAGUGCAUGAUCACCAUUCGGAAUACGAGUAACCAGCCCGUGGAGAAGAUCACAGUCAGCCUUGAUUGUCAUCCCGACCAAAAAGAGAUGCAGUCAAAAGUGUUCCAGUGGAGCCAGGAAAACCUGGAUGCUCAACUUCCUCUCCAGCCUUCUGGCCUUGUGUGUUUUACUGUGUGUAUCUAUGGCUACUCCGACUUCCUGUCCAGUAAAAGUUCCCGUGAUGGGUCACAGUCUUCCGAACACUCCAAUCCUGAUGAGUAUGAUUCUAAGUGUGUGGAGUCGUUGUUGAGAGUGGAGUACAGUGGAGGCCCUGGGUUAGAGGCUGGAUACUGUCGACACUGUGCCGUGGCCUUCAGUGUUGAUAUCCUCCCCUCCGUCAUCUUCCAUUCCUGGGAAGCUCUUCCUUCAGAAAGCCCCGACCACUGUGUGCUGGCGUUUGAUGUAUGUAAUGUGUGCAGUCAGCAGGUGGAAAUGCAAUAUAACAUCGACGACAGCUUUAAGUUAGAACCCAAACAGAUACGCAGGCUCACAAUACAGAUAGAAAAGUGUAAGUUUCCUGACCCUGCCCCAGAGCUGGACGUGGCUGACCGCCUUCAGAUGACCAAGCCUCCUCCUCCAACCAUCAGCCAUUACAGCCAACACCUGGACGGCUUCAUCCACAUACUGUGGUCAAUGUGUGGGACGAAGAGUUGCGGGAAGAUGGCGACGGAGCAUCUGACUUGGUCACAACAGCAACUAGAGCUCAUCAAAGUGUCCGAUGUCUCUUGGAACGUAAGCGUUAACGACCAGUCCUGCUCAGCUUAUUCCAUUCCCGUAGUCUGUACGGGCAAAGUCGUCAACAUCGAAAUCCUAAUCACCUUCCGUGCCGGUGUAAGUUACACAAGUGCUGGACUGGCGGUCAGUUGUGGACUGCUGACUGACCACACCUCUGGUCACUCUCGGGACAUUGACCUAGUUACAGUGCUGGGUUCCCAAUCAUACCAACUAACUAAUGUCGGAGGGGAGGACAGCGCCCACUGCAAAACAUCCUACCUGUUCCACUACAGUGGUACCUAUAGGGUCAAUGUCAAGUGUGUCGCUACAGAAAAAGGCCAAGACGGGGACAGUGACCAUAUAUGGAAGUGCCAUGAUAUACAAGUUCAGGUGAUGGACGAGGAAUGAUUCGGAGGAUUGUCACAUCUGCUUCUUCCUUUCUUCCUAAAACUAGCAUAAAACCUUUCAUAUAAGUAGAUUUAUAUUCAAUUUUACUUUGCAUUUCAAAUUUCAGUACCAUAUAUUUUUCAAUACCAGGUAUCCAUAACAUUAAAUGGAAAAAAGGCUGAUAUCUUUUCUAACUUGAUAAUUUUCAUUUGCAAGGUUUCAAAUCCAAAUUGCUUUUUUUUGCUGCAUUUUUUCAAAGGGCUUAAUCGAAAUUAGUUGCGUAAUCGCCAAAAUUAUUUUAGCAUUUACGUUUGUAUUAUGCACUGUACUGGGAACAUUAACUAUAAGUUACUUAUAUUUUGCAUAUUGCAUUGUUCACUGGUGAAUAAUUCUCUCAUAUAUAUAAAAAAAAAAAAAAAAAAAAAAAAAAAUUUUUU